GCGAACUAAAUCAAACUAGGCGGUACCCUUUGAUGUGCGGUAUAAACCGCCAGGACCGCGAACACCGUUCGAGUUCCCAGCAUGAGAAACGUCAACGUUGACAUUGACGUUUUUAGAUGAUGCCGCUGCGCUUGCUUACAAUUUUUGUGGAUGUUUAUUAUUAGUUGUCGUCGUUGUCGUUCCUAUUUAUUCAUAAUUUUUAUUAAAUAAGACGAACAUCUGACCAUCCUAAUCUAUUUACGAUCGAUAUGCUAGAGAAACAGUAAGAAUAUUAAAAGAGAGGUUAUCUGGUAGUGAGUGGUUAAGAUGGAAAGGGGUAAGAUGUCGUCUUCGGGGCGCGGAGGCAAGAGCAAGGCUCCGCAGCACCCGCAGGACAUCUUCGCGCUGGGCACCAAGUCUACUGUCGUUGUCUCGCGAGACCAGGAGAAGAGGAACAUACACAAACCUUCAAGUAGUGGAGUGGAACGCAAACGUGAAGGUACAUCAACUUUUGGCGCCGCCCCACCCACCAAGAGAUCAAGAAUUGGCUCACCAGCAGAGGCAGUUGGAGGAACAUCCUUAGAAGUUGACCCUGUGGAUCUCGUCCCCAAUGUGCUGCAAGCUUUAGAUACCCAUAACUCUGACAAACUGCUUGGACUCCUCACAGGCUCAAUCCGCCUGCUCAAGUCCCAACGUUCCAAACCUGACCCAAUCCUCUGCAUGAGUAUGCUGUACUUAUGCAAAAUCCGGCCGAACAUGUUUGCACAUGAUGUUGUGACCCAGAGUCUAUGCACACUGUUGAAGAGGGAGCAGGGGGCUGCGUUUAAAAGUAAAGGAAAUCCACUGGUGUUCGUACUGGCGUGCAAUAUGCUGUAUGCUGGACAUAGGGACAGUAAUAACUGGCCUGAUACUUUUAUUAAGGUGUACAUUGAAGAUGCCUUAAACGAGAGAUGGUGGGUGGAAUGCUCGUGGUGUAAGUGCUUGGUUGAGAAUAUCGCCACCGCCUUCAGCACCAAGACUCCGCCUCCGCACCUGAUCCCAUCUGACAGUGCACUUGCGGCUGGGGGUACGAUGUCGCCGUCGGGGUCGGGUUCUCCGCUGAUGGGAAGCACGGAUGACGAUCCCGACAACACCGACCUAGAAUACACCGUUUUCCCCAGGUAUUCGAGUAGCUACGAGACCGUCGAAGCAUUGGUGCUGGAGGCGAUCAAAGAGCAGAUCCAGCGGCGAGCCGCGCCAGACGCCAUUGGGAAAGGGUUUUUGAAGCUGCUGUCUGCUACCUGUGGUUUUCCUGAGAUUCGAAUGAUAUCCGCCUCCCGGCUCGAAGCGUGGCUCCACUCGGGCAAGCUAUGGCGCGCGGCGCAGGAACUCCUCGCAUACGUGUGCUGCAACGCCGACGCGUGCGGGCCCACUGCGGCGCGCGACCACGAGGUGCUGGCGCAGCUGGCCCGCAUGCGGCUCAAGACCAAGCCGCUGCAGCAGGCGUACCAGGCCUGCCUCAGGGAGAUGGUGUCCGACAGCCCAGCACUACUCCGCAGCGUGGUCACUCACACGAUCUACAACGAGCUAUCCAACGUGCGCUCCCCGAACAACAUGGCGGUGCUGGCCGCGCUCAUACAAGCGCAGCCGCAAGCUGUGCCCGCUGCUAUGGCGGACACGUAUCAGGAGCUGGUACUCCGGCAAGAGGACUACCUGCGGCCGCUGCGCGCGCUGUGCCGCGAGUGCGUGCGCGCGGCGCGCGCCGACGCGCAGGCGCUGGUGCCGCUGGCGCGCGCGCUGGCCGCGCCGCCGCCGCACGAGCCGCCCGCGGAGAUCCGUGAGCGCGCGUUCAACUCCAUCGCCGACCUGUUCUGCUGCCUGUGCCUCGUGACGGCGUCGCACAGCAAGCACAUCCCCGAGUACCGCCAGCAGCUGUGCGUCAUCCAGUGCUGCGCGCUCGGCUGGCUGCUGGACACGGCCGCGGCCGUGUACCGCCCGCAGCGCCACGACUUCCAGCUGGCGCUCAACAAGAUAAUGUUCGUGGAGCCCGCCGAUACGUACAGCAAGCCAGACAACUGGCCGCCAGAGUCCGAGCGCGCGCUCACAUACCGAUUGUGUUGCGAAACGCCACUGCCACAGAACACGUUGCUUCGAGUCAUCUUCAUAGGUCUCGCUAAGGAGAUCCCAGUAGGCCCAGCUGAAACAUUCGAGCUGGUGGAACAACUAGUCCGCCGCGCCUGCGCUCUCCCACCGGACGACUCUCCCCUGCCCGUGGACAAGUUGGAACUGGCCGACUAUGUGUUCCAACUGUGUCAGUUCACCCCGCCCGACAACAUCACCUUACCUCCCGGGUACACGGCUCCUCCAUUGGCAAUCACAUCACUAUACUGGCGAGGAUGGAUUCUGCUGGUGAUGCUGGCGGCGCACAACCCCGGCGGGUUCGCUGAGCGCGCCGCCGCCACCUAUCCCACGCUGCGGGCCCUCAUCGAGACCUGCAUCACCAGUAAACCUAGCGUGGAGUGGAGCAACAGCGCCGCAGAAGCGGAGCGGCUAGAAGCCGAGCGAGCCGCCGUACUGCAGCUAGAGACGCACCUUGCGGCCGCUAGCAAUGCCAAGCUGCCCAUUACUGAACACAACUCUCGGCUGCUCAGUCAGCUGACGACCCUCGACCCACUAGGCCCGGCGCGCAAGCCGCCAGCUUCCAUCCUCGAGAGCCUGCAGCAGAGCAGCCAGGCGCUCCGCCUCGGCCGCCUGCUGUGCCGGCAGCCGGCGCUGCUCCUGGAGCUGGUGGAGCGGCACGGCACGCGCCGCGCCAUGCCCUGGCUGCACCAGCUGCUGCGCCACGACCAGCUCGAGCUCAGGUACGAUUACCCUACACUAGCCGCUCCCGAGCACUUCCUCAUCAUCCACCCAGAACAGCUCUGCCUUGCUGACCACCGCCUUAUGCGGCGGCACCUACCCAGAGACUUGGAUGUGGCCUUCACUGAACUUAACGCCGUAAGUCCAAGCACACAAGGUAUAGAAUCUGUCGUCGUCCAACCAGAACUAGCCCCACCUUCUGUACACCUUUCCCGGGACUUACAUGUGGCCUUCACUGAACUUAACGCCAAAAUAACAGAGGAAGUGAAGAAACUCCGCGAAAACGUCCCAACCGACUGCCCCUACAUACAGCGAGUAACUAUGUUCCUGCAAGCCGCGGACAGUACUGUCCUCCGCGGCAUGACCGGCGCCAGCCACGCCGCCAUACUGCUUCGCAGCCUGACGCUAGCUCGCUGGGAGCCGCUCCGAGAGGUCAGUGACCUGCACACCGUAGGCGAGCGGCCCGCACUGUACCAACACCUGCCUCACGCCACCAAGGAACAACUCAUCGCCGCGCUGGAAGCGGCCACUCCAACCACCUUGGAGGCAAUCGGAAAUCGCAUCAUCGAGACACAAAACACUCGUGUGGUGGUGGACGUCAUCUCCACGCUUCUGGAGAAGAACCAGCAGGGCGCCUACGAAUCCGAGGUAAAAGUGGAAAUAGGCGCCUCCCCGCCCGCGCCGCACGUGUUCGGCCGGCGCGGGCUCGGCUGCGGGCUGCUGCUGGACUGGAUGUCGGAGCUGCAGCGCGAGACGCUCGGCCCGCAGCCUGAACGACAGAUGCGGUUAAUGUUCCGGUCGGGGUCGGCGGCGUGGCGGCCGCUGCUGGUGACGCUACUGGCGCACCGCGCCUCGUGGCGCACGCUGCACACCUGCCUCUCCACCCUGCUGCAGCCUGACGGGGGCUGGGCGGCGAGCGGAGUGCUGGACUUCGCGGAGACCCUGAUGGGCUCCGAGCGCGUGUGGCAGGGCCGCGACCGCGCCGCGCCGCGCCACCAGGCGCCCUGCCAUCUGCACCGGCUCACCCACGCGCAGCUGGAAGUCCUAAUCAAAUAUAUCAUGGAAGAGGCGGAAGAAGCCGGCCCUGACCUGGACAGCAUGCGGCGCCGCAUCGAGGCGCGCUUGCCCUUAGCGCUGCGCUGCGCGCCCGACGCGCCGGCGCUGCUCGCCGCCGCCGCCGCCGCACAGCCUCUGCUGCUGCUGCUGCUGUACAUGAAGGUGCCAAAGAUCCGGCAACUCCUAAUGGAGAGUGCAGAGCGGCCUCUGACCACGUGUCCACUGGAAGGGGCGGAGCCCUACCAACAAGUAGCGGCCAGCUCCACCAGCGCCACCGACCGCGUGUCCCACACGCUGCUGACGGCACUCGCGCACCCGAGCAAGGAGCACGGCAAGGAGCCAACUUCAAGUGAGACUUGGCGCCUGGAAGCCGGCGUGCGCUCGCUGUGGGCGCGCGUGGGCGGCGCGGGCGCGCGCGCGCUGCCGCUGGCCGGCGCGCUGCUGCGCGGCGCCGUGCCCGCCCCGGCCAGGGCGCAUCUCCUCUCCGCGCUCGAGUUGCUGCCGGACCAUGAACUGCAGCGGCCUGAUACAAGCGGCCCGAUACAAGGUGACGUACAGGACAUGGCGCCUGGAAGCCGGCGGGCGCGCUGCUGCGCGGCGCCGUGCCCGCCCCGGCCAGGGCGCAUCUCCUCUCCGCGCUCGAGUUGCUGCCGGACCAUGAACUGCAGCGGCCCGAUACAAGGACAUGGCGCCUGGAAGCCGGCGGGCGCGCUGCUGCGCGGCGCCGUGCCCGCCCCGGCCAGGGCGCAUCUCCUCUCCGCGCUCGAGCUGCUGCCGGACAUGAACUGCAGCGGCCCGAUACAAGGUGACGUACAGGACAUGGCGCCUGGAAGCCGGCGGGCGCGCUGCUGCGCGGCGCCGUGCCCGCCCCGGCCAGGGCGCAUCUCCUCUCCGCGCUCGAGUUGCUGCCGGACCAUGAACUGCAGCGGCCCGAUACAAGGUGACGUACAGGACAUGGCGCCUGGAAGCCGGCGGGCGCGCUGCUGCGCGGCGCCGUGCCCGCCCCGGCCAGGGCGCAUCUCCUCUCCGCGCUCGAGCUGCUGCCGGACCAUGAACUGCAGCGGCCCGAUACAAGGUGACGUACAGGACAUGGCGCCUGGAAGCCGGCGGGCGCGCUGCUGCGCGGCGCCGUGCCCGCCCCGGCCAGGGCGCAUCUCCUCUCCGCGCUCGAGCUGCUGCCGGACCAUGAACUGCAGCGGCCCGAUACAAGGUGACGUACAGGACAUGGCGCCUGGAAGCCGGCGGGCGCGCUGCUGCGCGGCGCCGUGCCCGCCCCGGCCAGGGCGCAUCUCCUUUCCGCGCUCGAGCUGCUGCCGGACCAUGAACUGCAGCGGCCUGAUACAAGGUGACGUACAGGACAUGGCGCCUGGAAGCCGGCGGGCGCGCUGCUGCGCGGCGCCGUGCCCGCCCCGGCCAGGGCGCAUCUCCUCUCCGCGCUCGAGCUGCUGCCGGACCAUGAACUGCAGCGGCCUGAUACAAGGACAUGGCGCCUGGAAGCCGGCGGGCGCGCUGCUGCGCGGCGCCGUGCCGCCCCGGCCAGGGCGCAUCUCCUCUCCGCGCUCGAGUUGCUGCCGGACCAUGAACUGCAGCGGCCUGAUACAAGGUGACGUACAGGACAUGGCGCCUGGAAGCCGGCGGGCGCGCUGCUGCGCGGCGCCGUGCCCGCCCCGGCCAGGGCGCAUCUCCUCUCCGCGCUCGAGUUGCUGCCGGACCAUGAACUGCAGCGGCCUGAUACAAGGUGACGUACAGGACAUGGCGCCUGGAAGCCGGCGGGCGCGCUGCUGCGCGGCGCCGUGCCCGCCCCGGCCAGGGCGCAUCUCCUCUCCGCGCUCGAGCUGCUGCCGGACCAUGAACUGCAGCGGCCUGAUACAAGGUACAGGACAUGGCGCCUGGAAGCCGGCGGGCGCGCUGCUGCGCGGCGCCGUGCCCGCCCCGGCCAGGGCGCAUCUCCUCUCCGCGCUCGAGUUGCUGCCGGACCAUGAACUGCAGCGGCCUGAUACAAGCGAAGAAGUGCAAAACAUUCUAGAGUGCUUCGUGCAAAUGGCUGCGGCAGGGGGCCGAGAACGCGAUCGCGACUCAACGCUACAACAUCGAGUAGCCGCGCUCAUGCGCCGCGUCGCUGCGCAUAGCCCGCCUCGCACGCAUGGAUCUCUAAGCGCAUUGGGCGAGGAAGCAGGCGCGGCGCCCGCGUCGGCCGCGCCGCCGCCACAGGCGUUGAUGGCGCUGCAACGGAGAGAUCCUCCUGAUGAUUUACACAUAUACAUACAGGAAAUCGACCAGUGGGGCAGCCGGCGCGGCGGCGCGUGGGGCGGGCCGGGAGCCGCCACCACCCUGCUGCGCGCGCUGGCCCCGCUGUGCGCCGAGCCGGGCGGCGCCACCAGGGCGGCCGCCGUCGGCCUGCUCGCCAAGCUGCUGCCCGCCGUGCCCGACCCCACGCCCGGUCUAGACGCCAUCAUGGAGUGCUUGGACUCGUCCCUGCCAGAAGUCGCGCAGUCGGUGAUCGACAAGCUGCCGGAGCUGGUCGUCGGCAUGCAGGAGCACGCCGCGAAAGUGCUACUCAAGGUGUUCGAGCUGGGCGUGCGCAGCCGCCUGCCCGUGGAGAGCGGCCUGGCGCGCUCCGUGGCCGCCAUCACCCUGCAGCGCGGCUGCUGACUGCUGGACCACAACUGUACCAUACACAAACAAUCAACUGUUUGUAAACCAUACGUCUUUGUAAUGAAGUCUACGAUUUUUCAGUUAAUUGUGGGCCAUGGUAUGUAUUGUACAAAUGUAGUGAAGUAUUUUCUCGGAGAUGUUUGUAUUUGUCAUGCUACUUCAGUACUUUUUGUACUGAGGUUGAGGUUGACUAAAAUAGCUUAACACAUUCGUGAGUUUCCGUGGAAAUACGAUGGUAAAGGAUUGUUCACUACAUCUGUACACGCGGAAGGAAAUUAAAAGCCAUUUUUACAACGAAGAUGACUCGUAAAAAAAUAGCAAUUUUGUCCUUAACUUGCUUUGAUGUACCACAGACUUUUACUUUCUCAUUCCCUUGCUCAUUCAACAUGCUCAUUCCCUUGUAAAUAAAUGUAAUGAAAAAUGUUACAGAACAUUAGAUGUGAUAAGAAUAUAAUUUUAGUAAAAUAAAGUCAGAAAAUACA